AGAGUGUGUUUCUUUUCUUCUCUGGUGUGUUUUCUUUCUCCUCCGCCUGACUUCCCUCAUGAGCUGUUAAUUCCAGCCCCAGUCCCAAGGAUGAGGAGGAUCUAUUUGUGAGGAAGACACAACAAAGGAAGAGGGAACAAGGAGCAACAGGGUGGUAAAUUCUGCGAGAGGGAGUGAGCGAGAAGAUCUUUUCUUUUCCUCCAGGCUCAAGCAAGGAGUCCUGACUCUCAGCAGCAGCCAUGUGAGAGGAGCCGUCAGCGAGCAGAGGAUGCCCACGUCCAGCUAAAGCAGAACAGCCCUCCCCCUCUCUCCUCCCUCCCCUCCUGCUCCCUCCCUCCUUCCCACAUGAGGACAAGAAGAUGACUAUCACCAGUCGGCAGUCCUUCAAUGUCCUGACGGUCAUCUUCCUCCUGCUGUCCACUGCAGCCCGCUCAGCUCAUUACCGAGUGUGUGAACCCUACUCUGACCACAAAGGGCGGUACCACUUUGGCUUUCACUGCCCACGCCUCUCCGACAACAAGACCUACAUGUUCUGCUGUCACCACAACAACACCGCCUUCAAGUACUGCUGCAACGAGACCGAGUUCCAGAUGGUCAUGCAGAUCAACCUCACCACCACCUCAGACGGUUAUGCACACAAUAAUUAUACGGCCCUAGUCGGGGUAUGGAUCUAUGGCUUCUUCGUCAUGGUGCUGCUGGCCCUGGACUUCCUCUACUACUCAGCCAUAAAUUAUGAGCUGUGCCGGAUCUACCUGGAGAAAUGGGGCUUGGGAGGACGCUGGCUGAAGAAGGCUCGGAGUCAGUGGCACAGGUCCAUGCCAGAGGAGAGCGAGGCCCAGGCCCAGGCCCAGGCCCAGGCCCAGCCCAUGGUUCCCAGCCACUACCAGCCCCGACACAGCCUCCGAGGGGAGAGCCACAGCCCCACACUCCUGCCCUACAACACCUCCACCGCAUGAAUGAUGCUGUGAGUGGACCAACAGAAGAGUAGCAACACCUGGUUUCCUUACAUGGUACAGAGGAGAUGUCCCACAGUCGCCCUUCUCUGGACCACAGACACAACACCGCUGGUGGGUUAGCCAUACUGUAGUAGUUAGAAGUGACUACUGCCCCUUUCUAAUGAGCACAAAACACCCCUGGACUGACAGAAGCAAGCCUAUAUGGCAAUUAGAAACAGCUGAACAAAGGCUGCGAGGACACAAAGAGGAUUGCACUGCUGCCGCCACAGCAGAGGAGAGACAGAUAAAUUCAACUGCUCACAGGGUUUAGUGAUCCCAUGAAACGGCUGUUCAGGCCUGGUGUAUCCCACAAUAAUCUCAGAUGAACUGGAUAAACUGUACUCGCAAGUGAGAAGGCUUGCGUGUUUAAAAUGAAAAAAAAAGGCAAAAAAAAAAAGCUCAUCUUUCUAGAUAUAAAAUGUUUAUUACACUGCUGUGUCACUUUGUGUUCAGUAGCAGUUAGACACAGUUGUGGGUUAUCUAUUUGGUGAUUUAUUUAUGUGAACUAGUCAGAGAAAUAUAUGAGUGGCUAACUUUCUGAACAUGUAACGGCUUAGGUUGAUGCUGAGCAUCUCACUUAGAGUAGAAUGUUUUUGUUACCUGCUGAAACCAGACAAAAAGGUCUGUGCAGCCAUGUUGGAAAACAGUAUCUUGUAUGAAAUGUUUUAGGAUCUCCUUCGGCGAAACAAGUGAUUUCUCUAUAUUGUGUCUGACGAGGACAUACAGUGUCACUGCUGUAGGUCGAAAGGUUUGACAUGAGGUCAUCAAGAUUUCUCUCUCUUCACCCAAAACAUUGAUGAGGAUCAAGGAUACCUUCACAAGUUAACAUAAACUUACGAACCCUUCUGAUAUCCAGACUUAUACAGUUAGUUCAUGACAGUUUCCUCCGUAUUUCCAGCGGCUCCUCUGAAUUUCCUCAGUAAUGGAGCUGCCUGAAUCAGCUUAAUUAGCAACAUGAUGCUAGUUCUUUAUAAGUUCUAUAUCCCACAUUGGUAAUAGACAAUUGUAAGCGAUUAGCCAUAAUAGAAAAUGAAAAAAAAAUAAAUCCAUUAACCCCCCUCACUGUCAGCAAUAAUGUACAGUAGCUAAAUCAGAGGGAUGACAUGGUACUGUAUGUAGAAGUCAGAGGGGACGGCCAGAUGAGCAGUGUGUAAUCACUGAGGUGUAUCGUGGACGUUUCGGCUCAGUUUGCAGUUAAUAAGAAGGUGAAGUCAAUGAAAAGGACAUUUCUGGAUGAUGAACUCAUCUCAAAAAGACCUCCAAAGAUUUCUGUGUCAGCUUUGUAAGAGAAAAAGGGUUCAAUAAUGAUCAGUGUGUGAAGGAGAGUUCUUAGUUUAUGGCUGCAGCUAAUCAUUACUUCCACUCUCAGUUGGGUGAAUGCUGCCCAUUAUAAUUUCCAGCAGCCCAAGGUCAUGUGUUUGAAUGUUGUUUUAUUUAACCAACAGCCCAAAAAUUGAGAUUUUGUAAGCAGUGAUUAUGUGGCAUUUUGGUUUAACAACAAACUGAAACAGCGAAUAAAUUAUGAAAAUGAAAUGAUCUCGUGCCACAACUAAAGAUUCAUUUCAUUAUUUAGUUAUUUACUCAGUAAAUUGUUGAAAAAUACCUCCAGUAGUUUGACGUUGUUGUUGUCUUUUGUAUUUAAACCAACAAUCCUCAUUCAGAUAUUUAAAGAAACUAUCACUUGGACAAAGAAAAGCAGCAAAUCAUCACAUCAGAGGAGCUGAAACUAUAGACCAGUUUGGCAUUUUUGCUUGAUAAACGAAUGAACAAUCCAUCUAUUGGAAUAGCUGCAGAGUUGUUAUCAGUCUACUAAUACAUAAACAGUUUCAGCUCUACAAUGAAGGAAAGUGUUUACCCUCACAGCUGAAUUAGCUUCUGACUUAUGUUGUCAGUAGUCCAUAAAUUGCUGUUGUUUCUUUUUGGGGAAAAGCAGCUGUCAGUUGCAGCUUUUACAUGAGCGAGGAGGUGUGAGUUACAGCAGGAGGAGGGAGCCCCAGUCCUCCACCUGCAGCUGGUAACCUGACAGCUGUUGAUCCUGCACGUUCACAGGAUCCCUAGUCGGAUGAAAAGCUAACGGGAGGCAGCCGUGGAACUUGAAUCUUGCCUUCAUCUUUCACUUCUCUGCUUCAUGAAGUUUAAGUGGAACCUAACGGAGCUGCAUUCGAGUGCUGUGAAGGGGCCUGCCAGCGUCGUCCCCAGUUAUCAGCAAUAAUAUUCAAAUUUACUGAGUUGUUAGCGCAAGUUAAUUCCCAUUUCAAUAGCUAAAGUUUAAUUGCGUGUGCGCUCCAGCAGACUUGUGCCAUCGCUUUCAGGGGCAGAGAAACGGGAUGUGUCCAAGUGAAAUAAUUGGCCCAGAGAUCAGCAGUGGUUCAGAAUUACUGUCUCUCUAUCUCUCUCUCUCUCUCCCGGCUAGCUGCCUCCCUAUUCCCACAGUGUGAACAGCAGCAGCAAACAGGAGGAGAGAUUUUUAACAGGUGCAGCAGGACAAAGGACAUUUAAUUAGUCCUCAAUGCUGGAUAAGUGGGGAAAAAUCUGAUGCAUUAAAGAAUAUGUUGCCUUCCAGGGCUCCGUGUUGUGUGUUUUGACCUGUAAUAAGGCAAAAGAGGUUUGUUCUUAUCACCAAUAAUGUAUUACAGUAGUCACACCCAGGGAAUUCUAAAAGCUUCAGUUUGCCUUUCAUGAGUAGUAGCAGGGUCAGCUAUGGAUUCCCUCGUGGACAAAUGAGGAGUCUUUCCCCUGUUUUGUUCUGUUAUUUUUUAUUUUUUUUAAUGUUACAACUUGGUUUUGUGAUGUUUUCUGUUUUGUUGAAAACAGUCGACUCUGGCCUGAUGUGAUGUGGUACUGUAAAUCGUAUCAGCUCAACCCUCUUCCCAUAUUACAAAAAAUGUUAAAAAAAAUAAAAAAUAAAAAAAAUAAAAUAACAGGAGGAUGGGAAGAAGGAAGCACACAUCUGUUUCAGUCUCUCCAGGUUGUCAUGGUAACAGUUGCCUUACAGUUGAAUACCCACCUGUACACAGAAGCUUUGUAGUGGUUGAUACCUCACUUUUUGGGUGUGGUGGUGAUGAUGAUAAUGUGCACCACGUUCUGUCUAUGUAUUUCCUACUAGAUAGAAUGUUCAGUACCGUUUUCAGUUGGAUUGUUCUUGCACUUGUUGACUUUGUAUUGUCACGACAGGGAGAAAUAAAGUUUUAUCUUUUCCAGUGUGUUUAAA